GAAAGAUUUAGAUUCCAAAUAAUAAAUAAAUGGGACCUGGAUUAGACGAUAACUUACCUGAAAUUGAAUCAAAUCUAAUCAUCAUCCAUUUACUAACUGUCGAAAGAGUAUGCAAAUCUAACUGUAUUUUAGCCUAGAACUUAUAACUUAUUAGGCUGAG